GAGGAAAGUCGAGCUCUCGCCCUCUUGGAUGGAAUUGACUUUGAUAUCGAAGGGGGAAUAAACGCGCAUUGGGAUGACCUUGCUCGUUUUCUCUCUUCAUAUAGGAAACCUGGUAAUAAUAAGGUUUAUAUGGGUGCAGCACCACAAUGUCCUUUUCCUGAUGCCUGGAUAGGAGGUGCACUCAAAACAGGCCAAUAUAGUUCAAGGGAUCUUAGUAACCGCAAAAGUGCAAUAUGGAAGCCAAGGACUUCAAUUCCUGCUAAGAGAAUUUUCUUAGGAUUGCCUGCUGCAGGAAGUGGCUUCUUUCCUUCAGAUCAUUUAACUAAACAAGUUCUUCCAGUAAUUUAG